UACUGGUUAGUUAAGGGCAUCUUCCAGACGAAGGCAGUCACCACUUCAGUGGUGUCCAGAAAUUCGUGAAUCAAGUAGCCAUUCGAUCGAAACCUUUACAUAUUUUUAAAUUCAUUUAAUAUUUCAACAUGGGAAGCUGCAAAGAAUUUGAAAUAGACGAGAUUUUGGCUAUCCAGAAGAGAGAAGAAAGCUUAAUAAAACUCAUGCAAGAAACUGGCUGCGAAAUAAUUCAAGAAAAUGGUCAACGGAAAUUCGGCGGUCCUCCUCCAAAUUGGGAAGGCCCUCCACCUCCUAAAGGGACUGAAAUAUUUGUGGGGAAAUUACCACGUGAUGUGUUCGAAGAUGAAUUGUAUCGAAUCUUCUCUACAAUCGGCCCCAUUUACGAGCUCCGUUUAAUGAUGGAUUUCAGCGGCUCAAAUCGUGGCUUUGCCUUCAUCCAAUUCGCUCACCGACAAGAUGCCAAUCGCGCGAUUCAGUUGAUGGACAACUAUGAAUUGAGACCAAGACACCACAUUGGCGUGGUCAAAUCGAUCGACAAUUGUCGCCUAUUUAUUGGAGGUAUACCUAAAACCAAAUCUCGCGAAGAAAUUCAGGGUGAAAUGGAAAGGCUGACCGAAGGCGUAACCAAAGUCAUCGUUUACAGUUCCAUCACAGAUAAAACUAAAAAUCGUGGUUUUGCGUUUGUCGAGUACAUUAAUCAUCGUGCAGCUUCCAAGGCCCGUAGAAAGUUGAUUCCCGACCGCAUUCAGUUGUGGGGUAAAGAGAUAGCUGUUGACUGGGCCGAACCGGAAAAUGAAAUCGAAGAAGACGUCAUGUCGCAAGUUACGGUCCUGUACGUCCGCAACUUGUCGCUGACAACAACAGAACAAGUUCUGCGUGAAUUAUUCAACCGUGUAUCAGACGACAAUGUGCAGAAGCUUAAAAUGAUGCGUGAUUUUGCAUUUAUUCAUUUUUCAUCCAGAGAAAAAGCUGAGAAAGCCAUGCGCAACAUGAAUCAUACGGAGAUCAAUGGCACGACGAUCGAAAUUACUUGGGCUAAACCAGUCAAGGAGAAAAAAGCGAUCAAAUCUAAGCCGCCAUCGAGAAAAACGUCUUCGGUUUCGAUGAACUCGGUCUCUUCUACUUCGUCGUACAGUCCUUGCAAACCGGCACCAAAGUUUGCUCUUUCCGCUCAGAACAACCGCAUAUUGUCAUCGCCGCCACCACGUCCGGUUCAGUGUCCCCCGGUCACUUUGCCACCGUGUACAAUGAUGCAACAAUUGCCGCAUCCGUUAUCCAAUCAGAUUCCAAACGUCUUUACUUUGCCUCCUCCAUUCCACGGUGGUUUUCAGUCAAGUCCAACUGGAUUUCCUUCGAAUUCGUCGACAUCAGUUUUCCCACAUCAAGGAAAUUUCAUGCAAGCCGCAACUAUUGACCUCAACGGAAAUCGUAACUACAACACUCAUGGCAUUAUGGCGGAUACCAACAACCGCAUGCGCAAAACUACUGAUCCGAUGAUGUUCACUAAUUUUGGACCACCGCUUCAUCCGCAACCGAACUGGAUGGCAGAGGAGCGUAGUCGUUCUGGAAUGCCUCGCGACUCACUUAAGUUCCCAAUCGAUGGCCUCAACGCUCAGUUCCACAAACUGGGCUGUAUUAACAACUUGAAUCGCGUGGGUUUUAAUGGAAACGUCAGUGUAAAUCCAUUCCAAAUCAUCUCACCUUUCCCGUCUCGUCCAAUGAUGCCGUAGAUAUCACACAUAUUUACUUAUGGUUAUCCGGGUAUGGAAUUUCCACCUGCCAAUGAGGCAUUUUCUCUUAUUAAUGUACUUCAUUCUCUUUUUUUAUUACUCCGUUUGAAGUUUCACACUGCAUUGAUAGUUUUCUCAGUGCAAAUCUGAUGCAUUUUAAUGUUCCCCCCUUACUCUUUGUCCCACAGAACCAAUCGCAAACUUCCACUUAAUUUAUUUAAUUUUUUAACGUAAAUUACCAUUAAUGCCAACCCUAAAUUAACAUUUUGAUUAAUAAGAAUAUUUACAAGGAUUUCUGAUUUACGUAGAUACUUAAAUACUGAAGGUUACCUUCUGUUUCAAUUUCAGAGCAAAUUUUUUAUAAAAAAAUAGCAUUAGAAAUAUUUAGAAGUUCAUCCAUGAACGAAAUAAAUGCUAAAUCUAAAAAUCAAACAAAUUCUUUAUAGUAUUUCAAAAUAAUUCCAAAACAAAUUAUUUUUAUUUUACUUCGAUUUGCGUUCAAAUGGAUUUUAAUAAUUUUGCGAGUCUUCAAUGGGUUCUGUGGGUUGCAUCAUUUUUCCUCAACUGUUGAUUAUUGUUCUGUAUCACUUUCAAUGUUUGC